UGAGAAGAAUGUUUACGUCACGUGACUCUGGCCACGCCCUCGUCGCUUCACACCAAAUUGUAGCUCUGGGAGGGAGCGCAUCAUGACGAGCGGCCCAGGUAACUAUACAGCAUCCCGGGUGACAGAGGAGGACGCUGCCGCGGCGGGACGGGCUGACCGGCCGCCGAGUGCGGAGAAUCAGGACAAUGAAGACGCCUUCUCCGACAUUAGCGACUCCGAGCUCCUGCAGCUUCAAGAUACGGCAGAGAUGGGGGACAGAUCUUUACCAGAGGAAAGAAGAAAGCCAGCGGAAGACAGGAUGACGCCUCUGAAAUCAGGUGAUUUAAAUGCUCCACCUGAUGAAGGCCUCUAUAAAGAUGGGGCAGAAGAGAACAUAUCUCAAGACAUCCUGCAAAGAAAAAGAAAGACAGAAGUAGAAAUUCCACUGGAGAAAUAUUCCCUGAGAUAUUUGAAUGUGACGGACAUUUCUUCCCAGGUCUGGUGUGAACAACAGACGGUAUAUAAAAUGGAGCAGCCAGAACUAGUAAAGCCUGAGAGAACCGCCGCCAUGAGGGAAGGAUCUAGUAUACAUCUGGCCAGAGAACUAGAAGUUCAUGAUAUCGUAUCGGUGACCACACAGACUCGUGAAGACUCCUGGGCAAUAAAGUGUCUCAAUAUUUUGGCUAUGAUGCCAGUUUUGCAGUCUGGAGGCCAAGUUCGAGAAUUUCCAGUAUUUGGUGAGCUUGAUGGUAUAUAUGUCAUGGGGGUGAUUGAUGAAUUGGGAUACUCUUCGAGAGGCGAGCUAGAACUCAGGGAACUGAAAACCCGAGCGAGCCCAACGCUGCCUGGAUCUGCCCAGAAGAGGACUCAUGAGAUCCAGGUCUCGCUUUACAAGCUACUAUUUGACGGCUUGGUAAGCGGUGUUCUCCAGCCAGAUGUUUUCAUGCAGCAUUUGAAGCUGAGACCAGGACAAGAAUUAGGACCUGAGGUGAAGCAGCACGCCACCGGGUCUGGGCUAACUGUGUCAACCUUCAGAGACGUGCUGGAGUUGACUUGUCUGAACCUAAAGUAUAGUGAAUUGCCUAUGAUUGACAGUCUGAAGCUUGAGUACUGCUUUCAGGGAGAUGGCUCCCCGCUUGGAUGUGAUGAAGUGAGAUUCGAGAAGGAAAAAGUUUUGGGGGAAGUUGCCUUUUACUUAUCCUAUUGGAAAGGACUAAGGGAGGUCAAAGGAGUAGACAUAGAAGAUGCCUGGAAGUGCAGAAUGUGUGAAUAUUCAAGCAUAUGUGAGUGGAGAGCACAGAAAACCAAAAGCAUCGCAUUACAGAUGCUGAAUAAGAGGUUUAAGUGAGGACCAUGACGUUUUCACUUUUUAAUUCACUAAUGAACUACCGAAUAUAGACUAUUCAUGCUGAUUGCAGAAGUGUUGUUGUGAAAGUAAUGUAUCCAUUACCACAGUCUUAAUUUUAACUGGAUUUACGUAAUACAUUAGAAUAGUAUAAUUAUUUUUUUAGAUUCAUUCAAAAACAUUACUUUAAUUAUUUUGUAUGUAUUUACAUCUGUGUGUUAACGUCUAAGAAACUGUUUU